AAUCACUGAAGGAGGGAGUCAAUGAUGAAAGAGUAGAAAAGGGUUUACAGAGAAGACUUGCAUCACAACUGCAGAGGGAACCGCAGAGCUUUCUACAGAUGUUUGCAGUCUACUGACUAACACUUUUCUCUUUAAAUCUAUCUUCAGCUUCAGAGCAGAUAUGUCUAUCAUCACUAUUGUGGCGCUCCUGGUGUUCCUAAUGAUCCCUCAGGGUUUUCUGGGGGAUCAUGGAGUGAACCAGCGAUGUCGAUGCAUCAACAAGGAGAAAAAACCCAUUGGACGUUACAUAGGAAAGGUGGAGGUGCACCUUGCCAGCUCCCACUGCAAAGAUAUUGAAAUUAUUGCCACUCUUAAAAAGGAUGGGCAAAAGAUUUGUCUGGACCCUGAUGCUCCUUGGAUCCAAAAAGUGCUUCUGAGGAAACAGGCUCAAAGACCAACACCUUGAACUACAAACCUUCACAGAAUUAGCUCGGAUGGAAACAAGGACCUUUUAGAGUCACCACUGAAGUUCAAAGUGGAAGCAUGGAUUGCAGUGAUGGAGCACAAAGAUCACAUUUUUCUUGAUGGGAAAGAUUAAGCUGUGACGCUCAAUAGGUUUCCUGUGUGCCAACGAGAAAUAUAUGGCAAUAUACACGUGUGUGUAUAUAUAUAUAAAAA